UUGAAUUGAAUAGUUUGGAGGUUUAAGUGGUUUUAUACAUAGCUUUUUAACGGAAGUGUUUGCAAUGGUUCGGUCGCACGUGUCUUCACUGGGCGGCAAUGCUAUGACAUCGUUUCAUAUCACACAACUGUUAUUGCUUUAUAAUCCGCAUAAAAAUCAAGCCCAAUGCCUGGUGAAUGUGGCCGGAGAUGCAGUGAUUGUCCACUACGACAGUAAAGAGAAGACCCGAACUAAUAACACAGCCGAUGAACCGGUGGCCAGUAGUUUGGCUUAAUUUUAUGGAAAUAUACUUUUAUAGGAAUGAUAGAAAGGAAUGCAUUUUACGAAACAUACAGUAUUUAAAUCAUGUGUAAAAGUAAAUGGUUUACAAAUUAUAGUAUUAAUUGAUAUUAUUAUUAGUGAAGUCAUGCAC